UACUAUUUUUAGGAAAAAAACUCGUGUAACAAAAGUUGUGAAUUUUUUUUUGGUUAUUUUAUGCUCUUCUCUGUGAAAUUAAUAGAUAUGUUCGCAGAAUGAGUAGAAGAAUAUUUACAAGUGAUACAAAGUAAUAAACCUCACAUUAGUCACUCUUAGCGCUUGUCCGUUGUGUAUUAGAAUUAUUUAAAAAAAUCCGUCUCAAAAUUAAGCAAAAGAGGGAACACACCAAAUGCAUAACUUGGUUUUUGAUUUCAAAGUGCAAGAAAAAUGUGGUAGACCGGUAACAUGUUUAUCGAACAAAAGAAAUUGGUACCACCAGAUGGCGGAUGGGGGUGGAUUGUCGUCAUCGGCGUCAGCCUUGUCAAUUUAUGCACCAGGUCGAUCGAACCAUCGUUCGGCCUGCUCUUCGGCGACCUGCUGAAGGAGAUGGGCAUCGAGACGACAGGCGCGGCCAUCAUCAUGAGUACCCUGGACGCUCUGAUCAACUUCUCAGGACUAUUCGUCGGACCGCUCAUCCGUGCCUUCUCUUAUCGCAAAGUAUCUCUAAUUGGAUCAGCUCUGUGCGGUCUUGGACUGAUUCUCACCUAUCCUGCCAGCACUAUGGCGCACUUACUUUGUACUUACAGUAUUAUUAAUGGUUUAGGAGUUGGUCUGACGGCUUCGUCGACCUUUGUAGCUUUAAAUAACUACUUUGUGAAACGUCGCGGACAAGCCGUAGGGUUUUCUCUGGCCGGCACCGCUUUCGGUAUGAUGCUGAUGCCUCAAGCGGUGAAGUUCCUCUUGGACAGCUACAAUUUUCGCGGUGCCAUACUUAUCCUGGGGGCUUUCGCCUUGAAUGGAAUAGUGGGGUCGACUUUAUUGCAACCCGCCAAGUGGCAUUUCGUCCCAGAAGCUAAAGAUGAAGAAGAAGGGGGAUACCAUCAGGAAAUGGAAACUAUCAAAGAAACCGAAGACGAAGAUGCCGAAUUGGCCGAAGGGCAAACGUUAAUCAACAAUAAAAUCAUUUCCGAACUUGGAAUCAAAACUUUGGAGGAACUCACCAAACCUGGUCUGACCAGGAAGUCGACAUUCCCGAGAAACUUUUCCACGAUGAGUUUUACCGGUAACCGGAAGAGGAAGACUUCUAUUGACUCCAUAUCUAACAUAUCCAGGCUUGAUUUCACCGGGUCCAGCAUUCAGCUGCAGUUCGACGGCACACAGUCCGAGGAAACUACCACGUACGGAUCUUGUCGGCAACUAAGGAGGAACAUGAGUUAUCCAGGUGUCCAGAUAUCUCCCCAACACAAAUUUUUACAACAGACGCACACGACGCCGGUCAAACAGACGCCGAAGAAGAGUACGUGGCAGAAAAUCGUCGUCUUCAUGGACUUUGACCUCCUCAAAGACCCGAUAUACCUCAACCUGGUGUUCGGACUGUCCAUAUUCUACGUGGCGGAGCAGAACUUUAAGAUGGUCACCCCGUUCUUCUUCCAGGAUAUCGGUUACGACAAGAGCGACGUUGCUCUGUUCUUAUCCGUCCAAGCCCUUACCGAUAUAUUGGCCAGGUUGAUCCUGCCGCCCAUUUGCGACCGACUCACGAUCUCCAAGAGGACACUGUUCAUGACAGGAAUUUUUGUUUUGGGUAUUUGUCGAUCAGUAUUGGCAGAACAGACAGAAUGGACCAUGAUAAUGGUUUGGUUGUUUAUUUGCGGGUUCUUCAGAGGCGCAGCCCUCAUCAAUUUUACAAUUACUAUUUCCGAAUAUUCCUCUUUGGAAAAACUGCCCGCCGCUUUCGGACUGCACAUGGUAGGCAAAGGGCUGUUCGUUGUGAUCUUCGGCCCGAUAUUGGGGCAAAUCCGUGAUUCAACCAAAAGUUUCCCGAUCUGCCUCCACUCCCAGACUUUCUUUAUAAUGCUGUGCUGUCUUGCCUGGACCAUAGAGUACCUGAUCAAAUACUUCCGCACACGAAGUGCAGAGUCCGACACAGACACGACAACCACAUGACAAACGGAUGUCGACUAAUUCUGAUUAGUCGAAGAGAUCAAAGUAUUAGUUAUCGUAGUUUUUGUUGUUUUAGAUUUCAUCUUAAUCUAUUUUGUGCAUGUCCAGUCAAUUUUUUUAAUGUGUUUCCACGUCUCUUCCAUAUAUGUUCUAAGAAAAGUGUAUUCGGGGCUAUUACCUACGCAGAUGCAGAUGUUUUUGAACGGACCGUAUUGCUGUUAAGUACUUUUAAACGCAUUGUUAUUGAUAACAAUUUUAAAAUCGUACCUUUGCAUGAUGCUUUAAACAUAUUCUACUGGGUGCAAAUUCAAUAUGGAGCCGUUAUCAAAAACUUCUGGCGCGGCAUAUUCCACAACUCCCGUGUUACUUCUUUUAAAAAUGCAAUCAAACUUGAAACAAUCCAAUUUCUGUAUAAAAGGAGUUAUGGAAUACUACGUAAAUACACUAUUUUUCACUGUAUUAUUUUGUUUUGUUUAUGUGAACAAAAAUUUGUAGCACAUUUUAUAAAUUCCGGUAGUAUUUGUCGUGUUAGUUUCAAAGAGUACAUAGUGGAUUGAGAAAUGGAAAGGGAAAUUCGCAUUGCACUAAGUACUUACUAUUUGUCUUUUGUCCCCAUUAAUCCAAGAAAGAACGACACUAAAGGAAAGGUAAAAAGUAUCAAAAACAGUGCAUCAAGUUCUGUUUCACGGAAAAUCAUGCGAAAUGCUCAUACCCAACAUCAAUUGAACGAUCUCAACUUGUGAUUUAGCAGUUAACGUGUUUAUAUAAGUAUCUGUUACAUUUUCAUGAUGUGAAAGUAUUAUAUCUUCCAAUACUUUUCCAUUUCCAUUGCAAAAUCUGCCUCUUAAAAGUAUAUUUUUAUAUAGAUUCGUACGAAAUUAAAUCUUGUGAUUAUUAUUACUUUGUUGUACAGUUAAUCGCUGCUUAAUAUGUGACAUCAUUUUUUAUUGACGUAACGUUGUGUUUAUUGGACUUUGUAUUCAUAUUAAAACACGUCCAAACAUCAAAACUGUUUAGACAAAGCAGCAAUUAUUUUUAAUCGUCGAAGAUUUUGUAAAGAUCGUUGAAUUUGAAUAAGGGAACAAGCGAAUGUAAAUUGUUAAGCGGCCGACGUGGCCAAAAGUUCUGUGUGAUAUGAUUAGUUUUAAUAAGACUGAAUCUGUGAGUAAUAGUGUUCCAAAAAUUAUGAAUAAUUCCUCAGCAUCGUGUACCUUAAAGCAAACUUGUAGGGAUAAAACCAAAGAUUAAAUAUUUGCAUUGAUAAUAAUUAUUACCGUUUCGUUUAUUUUUUCCAGUUGUACCUAUAUUAUUACUGUAUUAAAUACAUGCAAGUAUUUCUUCUUUCGAAUGACUCGCUACUGCCUGUAUUUUUAAGUGAGAAUAUGUUUAAGUAAGAGGCAACAUAAAAACAUUUAUAUUCAAGAUAUCACUUGUAACAUAACCGUAUUUACUCACAAUUUUUGCAUGGCCAGUAUAUGUUAUUAAGAAUAAUUUAAUGUAAAUGUUUACGAUGUUCGCCUAACUACCAUGCUUGAUUGUUGAUAUUUAUAAAAUUAUUUUUGUAAAUAUAGUAAUAUUUUUGCAAUAAACGACGAAAAAAAUAAACGUAAUGCAAAAUUAUAUUUUCGUUGUAAUACUGUUUUGCCUUAAGGUACAUCUAAUAACUCUUAAUGAUCAAUGUAUAUAAAUAUUUAGUAAAAUUAUUCAAAAUGUAUGACUUAUAAUAAAUGGUUUUAUACAACA